CCGCGUCCCCUCCCCCACCCCCCGCGGCCCGGCGCGAGGAGACGGCGGCGGCGGCGGCCGAGGCUGAGGCGGCGGAGCGGCGGGCGGGGCUCGGCUCGGCUCGGCUCGGCGGGCGGGCGCGCCGACAUGGCGGCCAACAUGUACCGGGUCGGAGAUUAUGUCUACUUUGAGAAUUCCUCUAGCAACCCUUACCUAAUUAGAAGAAUAGAAGAACUCAACAAGACUGCAAGUGGAAACGUGGAAGCGAAAGUAGUGUGUUUUUAUAGAAGACGAGAUAUUUCCAAUACGCUUAUAAUGCUUGCGGACAAGCAUGCUAAGGAAAUUGAGGAAGAAUCUGAAACAACAGUUGAGAUCGAGUUGACUGAUAAACAGAAGCAUCAGCUGAAACAUCGGGAGCUCUUCUUGUCACGCCAGUACGAAUCUCUACCUGCAACACACAUCAGGGGAAAGUGCAGUGUUGCCCUUUUAAAUGAGACAGAAUCCGUGUUGUCCUAUCUUGACAAAGAGGACACUUUUUUCUACUCAUUGGUUUAUGACCCCUCAGUGAAAACAUUAUUAGCUGACAAAGGUGAAAUCCGAGUGGGUCCUAGAUACCAAGCAGACAUUCCAGAAAUGCUCCUAGAAGGAGAAUCAGAUGAGAGGGAACAGUCGAAAUUGGAGGUUAAAGUUUGGGAUCCAAAUAGCCCACUUACGGACCGACAGAUUGACCAGUUUUUAGUUGUAGCACGUGCCGUGGGGACGUUUGCUCGAGCCCUUGAUUGCAGCAGCUCUGUGAGGCAGCCGAGCUUGCACAUGAGUGCAGCUGCUGCUUCCCGAGACAUCACCUUGUUUCAUGCUAUGGAUACAUUAUACAGACAUGGCUAUGACUUGAGCAGUGCAAUUAGUGUCUUAGUACCACUUGGAGGACCGGUUUUAUGCAGAGAUGAAAUGGAAGAAUGGUCAGCCUCUGAAGCUAGCUUAUUUGAAGAGGCAUUGGAAAAAUAUGGCAAAGACUUCAAUGAUAUACGUCAAGACUUUCUCCCUUGGAAAUCUUUGACUAGCAUCAUCGAAUAUUAUUACAUGUGGAAAACUACUGACAGAUAUGUGCAGCAGAAACGGCUAAAAGCUGCAGAAGCUGAGAGUAAACUGAAACAAGUAUAUAUCCCAACGUACAGCAAACCAAAUCCCAACCAAAUAUCCACCAACAAUGGCAAGCCUGGCACUGUGAAUGGAGCUGUGGGGAGCACGUUCCAGCCCCAGAAUCCCCUGUUAGGUCGCGCCUGUGAGAGCUGCUAUGCAUCACAGUCUCACCAGUGGUAUUCUUGGGGCCCACCUAACAUGCAGUGUAGAUUGUGUGCAACUUGUUGGCUGUAUUGGAAAAAAUAUGGAGGCCUAAAAAUGCCCACCCAAUCAGAAGAGGAGAAGUUAUCUCCCAGCCCAUCUGCAGAGGAUGCCCGAGUUAGAAGUCACCUGUCCCGGCAGGCCAUGCAGGGAAUGCCGGUCCGAAACACUGGGAGCCCAAAGUCUGCGGUGAAGACUCGCCAAGCUUUCUUCCUCCACACCACUUAUUUCACAAAAUUUGCUCGUCAGGUCUGCAAAAAUACCCUCCGGUUGCGGCAGGCAGCAAGACGUCCGUUUGUUGCUAUUAAUUAUGCUGCCAUUAGGGCAGAAUAUGCAGACAGACAUGCUGAGCUAUCUGGAAGUCCACUGAAAGGCAAAAGCACUAGGAAGCCUUUGGCAUGUAUCAUUGGGUAUUUAGAGAUCCAUCCUGCGAAGAAACCUAAUGUAAUUCGAUCUACACCAAGCCUGCAAACCCCAGCCACCAAGCGGAUGCUAACCACCCCGAAUCACACAUCUCUGAGCAUUCUGGGGAAAAGAAACUAUAGUCAUCACAAUGGCCUGGAUGCAAAGCUUAUGAAGUGAAGGCACAGCUCUGCUCCGGCCUCAGCCUCCCUCAGGAUGGCACAAGGCUGUGCAGAACUCACGUGCUGUGUGUCAGACUGAGCUACCCCUGUUCCACCCUACGGUCAAGACCUGCUGCCGUCCUGCUGCUGUUCACAGCUGUGCCUGGGAAGGAGGCAGCCCCAUCAGUGGGGACCUCUUUGUGCCCUGAUGGGCAGGGAAGGACCUGUAGCAGUGCACCUUGCGCAUCUGCACCUCCAUGUGUGGACCUCGCUGCGCUUCCCCCUCGGAGACCUCUCUGUUGCUGUCCUGGAGCAGAGCUGCCUGAGCAUCAAGGGGAGGAGGGAGCUAUGCCACCCCUCGCUGCUCCUCAGGGCCCCUCUCCCUGGAAUGGCGGCCUGCAUGCAUCUGUUCAGCUCUGUUUCAUGCUGUGUAAUUAUGUACAGGAGGGACGUGGCAUCCAUCUGAGCGGAUGCUUCUUAAGAAACGUGCCAGUGUUUACGCAGUCCUAGGUGUUGCCUGCCUCCGCGGUUACUGUCUCAGCUUUUUCUUGAUAGGCUGCUUUUUCCCUGCAGGGGAAGUGUUACUCCUCCCCUGCUGCAUCCUGCACUCCAUCCUGCCCCUGGACAGGGUACCGGGCUCUAAUGGAAAGAUUGCCUGGCAGCCUGUGGGCACUUUUCAGCAUCUCCAUUACUAGAGAGAGGUGGUGUCCAGCCCGGCUGUGCUUGGUCCCCCAGCAGCUCCAAGGAGAACAGCUGUUAAAUGUGCCAAGCAUGCGUAACACUGUGACAGAGCCACUUGCUUACUACCCUGCUUCCUUACAACAAACCAGCUGGUGCAGUACCAUCUCCAGAGGGGGCCUGCAGCAGGUUGCAUAUCACCCUGCUUUAUUUUAAGAAGAUAGACCACUGUUGGUGUCACCAGGGCUCGUGAGAGAACCAGGAUUGUGGGCAUGAGCAUGCAGGUGCCCAUGCUCACCACCCCUCGAGCCCUGUAUUUCUGCAAGCAGAUGUGCCUAGGCCCAGGAGCCUCCCCUGUUUUAUUGAUAUGAAGUCCUCCUGUCUCCUCUGGCUCAGCCUUUGGUGGCAUUUCAGCUGGUCACUCUGCUGCCACCACAUAGAGGUGCAGGUGUCAGAUUAACUCAGUUCUUGGUUAGCUCCCUAAUCAGAUGGAGCCUGGCCACUUCCCUCUCCGGUGGCAGGGACAGACUGCUGGGCACAGGAUCUGAGUCUAAAAUACGACCGGAGUCUUAACACCAACUGCCAGCCUCCUUGAGUAGCAGAUAGAUGACCAGUGUGAUGCCCAAAUGGGCUGUUGCGGGGCAGAGAGGCCACAAUUGUACUGACCCCCCUCCCAGGAAAAGAGAACAGGCACAGAACUGAUGCUAAUGUCCCUCAUGUCUGGCUCAGCCCAACAGACAGUGAGGCAUGUGAUGUCUGAGGACAGGUCUCCAGUUGCAGGCUCCCUGGUCCUUCCCCAGUUUUGCAGGCACCUUGGCUCAUCUGAGGGGUGGCUUCUUAUCUUAGCCUUCUGUGCAGUUGAUGGGGCAGGGAUCCUUCUCACCAUUGCCAUCUGUUGGAUUGUCCUGGUCUUGGUUUGGGGCCCCAAGGGCGGGACCCGUGUCAGAGGUACUCUGAGAGAGGCAGAUGGAGGUGGCGGGCACCCCAGGUUUCCACAGAGAGGUCCUUUUCACCAAGACCCCAGGAGAGAGAAAGUGCCUGGUUGUGCCUGUCUGUGCCCUGCUGUGUGUUGACUGUGGCCAUGGACAUACACGGGGAGGUGACUGCUUUCCCUUUCACUGUCCUUCUCCUGACUACCAUCACACAGUGACUGCUGAUCCUAGAAGCAUCCGCAUCCCCGUGAGAACAAGCUGCUGACUCUGUCCCUUCUCCCUGUGGGGGAGCCCUUUCGCCCAGGUGCAGGAGACCCGGAGUCAGGCUAGGCCAGAAGAGGAGCAGGGCUGUCAUCCUGCCCUCAUGCACAGUUAGCUUUGGGAAACUGCUCAUUUUGAGCUACUUACGCCCGCAAGGCUGCCUCUCACCUUGUCAGUACGAGCUCUUGGUUUUGCAGAUUCAUCCCCUGGGCAGAUUAUGUGGCCAGAGAUCUUGUUUCAUCUCUGGAAAGUGCUCAGCCUUGCAGUGGAACUCUCCAAGGAAUGGCAGGCAGAUGCUAAAGAGCCCCUACUCUUUACCGAUUGAGCACUUGGUGUUGGGGAGGACUUUGCUAUCAGUCAUGCACUUUCUGGAGCCGUGUCAGUGGAUGGACACCAUGGUUUAGCGGGUGUGAGUGGACAUGCCCAGGCCAUCUGCACAGCCUGUGUGGAUGUGCCUUGGCUCUGGGCUUCCUGUGUAAGGACAUAAGCUCUGUGACAGCUCCUCUGCCCAGUCAUUGCCACCAGAUCUGAUGUUCUCUGUGUGCAAAAGAUGACAGUCAGGAUGUAAUUGCUGGAACCUCUCACAGCUCUUCCUUGUCCACAGCUUGUCCAACCAGGAAGCAGGAACACUGUAUGUAUUUAAACUGAGCGAUUUUAAGCCCAGUGAUUCGUUUGACACAGAGCAAGAGCUGAAAUGGGAGCUGAGGCAACCUGGAAGUGGGGAAUAACAGGAAGCUGCCACCACCCUCUGGAAACCUGGACAGAGUGAGGAGGCCGUGUUACCAGAGCCCCGCGGCCCAAGUCACCAGCUCGGGCCUGGGACCACAGAGGCCCAUUUGUUAGGAGCUGGAGCCAGAAAGAGGCACAGUCCCAGGCAGAGAGGGCGGAGAAGGCUGACCUCUCUGUCCCUCUCGCCUUCCUAGCUGAUGCAUGGCCUAAGGGCCUGGGACGGCCGCUCUCAGGUCAGCCCUAGCACGCAGCAGUGAGGGAUGAGGAGGCGCACGAGCCCUGGCCUUGAUCUGCUGUGUCCUGUCCCAGUCUGAUGCUUGUAGCUCUUGUCUAGAGACCUGCUGAAGGAGACAAGAUCGCCUCCCUGGGGUUCCUAGAGAGGAGAGUGCUUUUGGAAGGGAGGGGGAGCCUCUUUCCUUUACAUUUGUCCCUGUUUUCCCUCAGGAAAGCCAUGUCCCGGUUUUUCGUGUACCCCUCUGUCCCUCUCUUGCACAUCUCUGGUUUUCCUAGCCAGUGAUCCUGUCCCCGAGCCUGCCUCAGUGCCCAGAGUGCUUCCCCAGGCCAGCACAUCCCAGUGUGGGCUCGGAGUGGACUGUCUGUAUAAAGAUCUGUCUACUAAUCAGUUUGUAUCGUGUUUCCAAUAAAUUUCUGGAAAUUC